AUGAGUGAUCCAGAGAGAAGAGUGGUUACAACCAUUCCAAGUUCGGACAAUGGUUCUGGCGCAUGCAAUAUUCAAAUAUGUCCAUCUACUCAGGAAUUAAGCAGUAGUAAUUCAGAGUUACGUGGUUCCCCUGAUCUAACGGAUUUUGUCAAUCAGAGAACGGAAGAUGAGCUAAAUGAACUGUUUGCCAAUCGAUAUACAAUGGCCAAUAAGCUGUAUGCAGAAGUUGCAAAUGGCUUUCCCGACCCAAUCAUUGUAUGUCCAUGGAGCAAAAGACCGAAAAGGAAAUUCGAUUACAUCAGCCGUCAGCGGAGACCCUCGAGAGGUGAAAGCAAACGAAAUGUUGGCUCAGAAUGGCAAAGUAGCAGAGGAAAUCCGAAUUACAACCCUUAUACUACACAGGAAUCGAAGAAAAGAUGUAAUCCAUUCACAGAUCACGUUUUUUAUCCAGGCAAAACCAAAAAGACGUAA